AUGCAACAUCAUAGCUCGCGCUCUCAAGUGUGCCACAGUGGCGGCCGAGACGUCACCGUAGAGCACAUGCCGGCAGUGGUUGUGGAGGAGAAGCAGCACGAUGAGUACAGCACACGCAUCGUUCGCGAUAGGCUCGGCGGUCCAGUACUGCAAGCCAGGCGGCCUCUCGAGGAGCACGACGGGUCGGCUGUCAUUGAGGUCGGAGUCGGUACGCUCCGUUUGACCACGACGGAGCAGCUCCGGCCGCUGCACCAGCUAACGGGGGAGACGUUCGUGCGUGCUUGGUUCCAGUGCGUACAAGCACACCACCUCAACUGGCUCAACGGGAUCCACCACAAGGACCUGAAUCUGAACAACCUCAUAUACCGCCUCGAGGACGGCGCUGUCUGCGGCGUGCUCUCGGUGCCGACUGGCGCGCUGCGCUUCAUGGCCAUCUACCUUCUCGACAAAAAGGGGUUCCGUGGCGGGACGCUGCUCUGGAUCUUCCCGUGGGUGGUGUGUCGCUACGAGGACGGGCGGGAGGUCGACCCCCUGCCGCGAACGUAUCGGGAGUGGACUUCAGACCACAUGUUGGUGUGCAAGAUGCGCAAACACGACUCGAAGCUCCUGAUGCGCGGAUUCGAACCCGGCCGUGGCCCGACCGCAACGUGGACUGCCGAAGCCGAGCUCGUACGGUCGAUACACCAUUACCUCCGAGCGACGCAGCUUGCCCGUGACAACAAGAACUGGGGUAUGGCUGAGGAAACCCGUGAGGAGGAAACGGACGAGCCGGUGGUCUGGGGGAGUUCUACGCGGCGGUACGGGCGGUUGGCACAGCGCACCCCGCGACGAGUUACAGUCUCGCAUUGA